AUGGGAAGACUGGAGGGCAAAGUCAUUAUUGUGACCGGCGCAGGGUCCGGGUUUGGAAGGGGAAUUGUCAAGAAAGCGACAUCUGAAGGAUCACAUGUCCUCGGCAUUGAUAUAAAUCAAGCUGGAAACGAAGAGACAGCCACGUUGGUCCCUCAGGGGACAUUUUCCCACUUGACAGCCAGCGUUGCGUCUGAGCAAACGUGGCGUGAGGCUCUUCAGUUGGCACAGCACAAAUUCUCCGCAAUCCCUGACACUGUAGUCAACUGCGCCGGCUACGUCCACCUGGGCGCCGACGCACACAUGGUGCCCGAAGAGGACUUUGAUCGAGUCUGGCAGGUCAAUGUCAAGCCACUAUAUCUCACGGUCAAGGUCGUCGUGCCCUACUGGAUCGAGAAAGGUAUUCCGGGGCAUGUUAUCAACAUUGGCAGUAUCGGCUCGCAGAGACCAAGAGCAAGUACAAUAUGGUAUACUGCCAGCAAAGGAGCUCUUGACACUGCAACCGAAGGCCUAGCCGGAGCAUAUGCCAAACAUCGUGUCCGCUUCAACAUUAUAAGACCAUCGGCGCCACGGGUCUACGGCGGUGUCGACAGCGCAGAGGGAAGAGCCAAACGGCUGGCGACUUUACCUCUCGGCCGGCUGUGCGAGCCCGAAGAUAUCGCCAACAUGACAGCUUUUCUGGCAUCGGAUGAAGCAAACUAUAUCACUGGUGCUGGGUUCAAUGUUGACGGCGGACGAUACGUCUCUUGA